AUGGAGAAUUCUGUGGGAGUUGGUCUAAUGGCUGCGUUUGCAAUCUCGGGGAGCGUUGCUCUCAUUUCUAUCCAGCUCCAAAACCGCCUCCUUUCAAAUUUCAUGGACAAGAUUGAAGUCCAGCUGGCGAGGAGGAGAAGAAGAAUAAUCCAUCACCAUAAUCGUAAACACCAAUAUAAGCAGGGGAAGAGGGUCCGAUUUGCAGAACAUGUAAUGGAGUUUUCCCCUGUUUCCCAAGAUAGUGAUGAUUAUGAUGACAACAGGCAGAUUCUUUACAAAGGGAUUAUGGUUAUGGAUGAAAGGACCCUUGAAGAGAGUAACGCAUCUCCACUUGUAUCUAAGGAAUCGCCAACCAUUGGAGCGACGAAAAGCUCCAAUCUUGGAACAGUGAUGUAG